GGCGUGGCCACCCGCGCUCCCUGUCGGGGGCGGCCCGGCGCGUCCCGCAGUUAUUGCCCGGCGCGGGGGGGGGGACAGGCAACAUCAUAAAAUCUUAAUCAGGUGAAAAUGGCCCUUAGCAAUUUGACCUCAAAGGCUGUGCUGCUCUAUGAUGAAUGGAUCAAAGAUGCCGAUCCGAGAUUGGAAGGCUGGCCACUCAUGUCUUCACCUUUUCCAACAACCUUUAUAAUUGGAACCUACAUUUAUUUUGUCACUUCACUGGGACCCAAACUCAUGGAAAAUAAAAAACCUUUUGAACUGAGGCAGAUAAUGGCAUUUUAUAACUUUAGUGUGGUAAUACUUUCCUUGUAUAUGACUUACGAAUUUCUUAUGUCAGGUUGGGCAACUGGCUACUCAUUCCGAUGUGAUAUUGUUGACUACUCGAGGUCACCUACAGCCCUAAGAAUGGUACGAACUUGUUGGCUAUACUACUUUUCCAAGUUCAUUGAAUUAUUAGACACUAUAUUUUUUGUGCUGCGUAAGAAAAACAACCAAGUUACAUUCCUGCAUGUCUUUCAUCAUUCCAUCAUGCCAUGGACCUGGUGGUUUGGAGUCAAAUUUGCUGCAGGUGGCUUAGGAACAUUUCAUGCUUUAUUGAACUGCAUUGUGCAUGUUAUCAUGUACACCUACUAUGGAAUCUGUUCUUUGGGACCGGCCUAUCAUAAAUACUUGUGGUGGAAGAAGUACAUGACAACUAUCCAACUUGUUCAGUUUAUUAUGAUUACAGCCCACAUAGGACAAAUCUAUGUCAUGGAUGAUUGUCCAUACCAGUAUCCAAUUUUCAUGUUUAUUAUUUGGCUAUAUGGCUCUAUGUUUUUAGUCUUGUUUCUCCACUUCUGGUACCAUGCCUACACAAAGGGACAGAGACUACCAAAGAUGACAAGAAAUGGCAUCAGCAAAGAUCAGUGAAAAAAAAAAAAAAAACAAACUCUUGCCUACGAAAAAAAAAAGAAAAAAAUGUGUAUGUCAAAGUUAAAACUUGCACUACUUGACAAUCAAGAAAAUUGGGUGCACACACUACACCGUGUAUAUUUUGUAUGUUUUCUUCCAAAGCAGACCUAGUAUUUUUGCUCUAAGUUAUUUGGGUUUCAGAAUUUGGGAAGUAGAAGAGGACAGUGUGGAUUUGAUUUAAAAAAAAAAAAAAAAAAAAAAAAAAAAAGUGGGGAAGGAGGAAGGCUUGUUUUUUUUUC